AUGGUCCGGCUUCCAGCUUCCAGCCUCGGUGGCCUGGCGCCCUUGUUUCUGUUGGCUUCUGUCGAUGCCUUUUAUGUACCAGGAUACUCAAUCAAAAGCUACAAAGCUGGCGAAUCAGUUCCUCUCAUGGUUAACAAGGCCUAUUCCGACAGCACACAGCUCCAGUAUGCCUACUACGACCUCCCAUUCGUCUGUCCGCCGUCCGAUCAUCCCAAGUCGGUCGGUGGCCUGCUCAGCGGCAAAAACGUCCCUCUCAACCUCGGCGAAGUCCUCCGCGGCGAUCGAAUCCGAAUAUCAGAUAUUGAAUUGAUCAUGAACCAGGAGACGCAGUGCAAAGCUCUCUGUACAAAGGAGCUUAACAAGGACGACGUGCAGCGCGCCAAGGACAUGAUCCGUGAUACCUACGUUACCGAGUGGAUUGUCGAUAAUCUCCCCGGUGCCACCAGCUUCAUCAGUGUUGACAAGACGCGCAAAUACUAUGCUUCGGGCUUCAAGCUCGGCUACAGCGAGGUCUCACCCUCAACUCGGGAAACCCACUACUAUCUCAACAACCACCACACCAUUGUCAUUCGCUAUCGCAAAGCCCCUGGCAAGGCCGGCGACCGUGGCGAGAAGAUUGUAGUCGGCUUCGAGGUCUAUCCCAAGAGUAUCGGCAGUGGUAGCAAACGCGAUGCCCAAGGUUGCCCUGUCGAUUUGCAGCAUGUCGAGCGAGGUUUGGAACUCUAUAUUGGACCCAACAGAACGACCGAGGCCGCACUACGCUAUGGCGACGGAAAUGUGCAACAGAUGGAACGGCGAGCCGACGAUGAGAGCGAAUCUGGCAUCCUGUCAGUCCCGUAUACCUACUCGGUGUACUUUAGGGAAGAUAACACGAUCGAGUGGUCCCGCCGCUGGGAUCUGUACUUUGUAAACCAAGAGGACGGUGCGCGCAUUCACUGGCUUGCCAUUGUCAACUCGCUGAUCAUCUGCGGCAUGCUGACUGCCAUUGUCCUGGUCAUUUUUGCGCGUACUGUAAAUUCGGACAUUAAGGGUUACAAGGAAACGUUGGAGAGUAAGUCUCGCGGCAAGCGCGUCAUGAAGGACGUUCCACCGGGGUUAUUGGACCAGGGGACGGAUGGCCGGGAUGAUGAUCUAUCCGACACUGAAGACGCCUUGGAGGAUGUCACAGGUUGGAAGUUGCUUCACACCGACGUCUUCCGAGCACCGCAACAUGGCUACUUGCUUGCGCCGCUCGUCGGCUCCGGCAUGCAGCUUCUCUUCAUGGCGGUGGGACUGGUGCUGCUCAGCGCUCUGGGAUUCUUGAACCCUAGCUUCCGCGGAGGCUUCAUCAGUGUUGGCGUGGGCCUCUUCGUGUUUGCGGGCGUCUUCUCGGGCUACUUUUCUGCCCGUGUGUUCAAGAGCUUUGAUGGCAGAGAUUGGCGCAAGAAUGCCAUGGUGACGGCGCUGCUAUUUCCUGGGUUGAUGUUUGGUCUUGUCUUUAUUGUCAACUUGUUCGUUUGGGCACAGGCGUCGAGCACGGCCAUUCCUUUCGGCUCGCUCGUCCUGAUUGUGGUUUUGUGGCUCUGCUUCCAGGUGCCGCUUGUGUACGCCGGUGCCUACUACGGGUUUGAAAAAGCUGGCGGGUGGCAGCACCCGACCAAAGCCACGGCGAUUCCGCGCCAGUUGCCGAACCACGCGUGGUACAGCAAGUCGGCGCAGGCGGUGCUGCUGGCAGGGCUGAUUCCUUUUGCCGUCAUCUUUAUCGAGCUGCUGUUUGUGUUUCAGUCAUUGUGGCAGAACAAGAGCGGCUUCUACUACAUGUUUGGCUUCCUGGCGGUCGUCUCGGUCAUCUUGGUGGUGACGAUUGCCGAGGUGACUGUGGUGACGAUCUAUAUUCAGCUGUGCUCGGAGAACUACCACUGGUGGUGGCAGUCGUUCUUUGUGGGCGGCGGCAGCGCGGUGUGGAUUUUUGCGUACUCUGUGUGGUAUUACAUGUUCAAGCUGCAUAUUACGGGUUUUGUGAGCAGCAUGUUGUUUUUUGUAUACACGUUUAUUGCGUGCUGCGUGUAUGCGCUCUUGACAGGCACGAUUGGCUUCCUGAGCGCCUAUGCGUUUGUGAGGCGGAUAUACGGUGCCAUCAAGGCUGACUAA